AUUGCAGACAAACUCAGUACUCUUCUUUUUGGCCCACCCCGGCUUAUACAUUCUAUACUCAAUUACUCCAGUUUCUAGCAUGUCUAGCAGCGAUUCAGAUGAGCCACAGGAAUGCAAACUAUGCUGCGAGGACGCGCCUAUUGAUUUGCCAGCAUACGAAACAUGGGUGAUGUGCGACAUCUGCUUGGAAUGGUACCAUGGGGUGUGUGUUGGGAUAUCUGCAUCUGAAUGCGAGCGUAUCGACAAGUACCAUUGCCACAAGUGCGUCGAGCAGCAUGGCCCCAGCUCAUACAAUGGCCCGGCUCUGCGCCGAUCUAACCGUAGCCACGCCAACGUUGAUUACACGAAGCUCAACGAUGGACAACCAGCGACGUUCAAUCAGUACUUGCUACGCAUUGACGCACAUGAAUUCGCUGAGGACGAGUUUGAACACCUGGAGAAUGGGCACACGGUUACAGCGGAUUGGAUUAGGCAUCGUGAUACCAACGAUCCAUUUAUUGUUGAUAAUCCUGAUGGCCUGAGAAUACAGAUGCCUGGACGAGAUACGACUGUGAAAGAUAUUGCGAGGAUUAUCGGAGAAGAGACAAGCGUCAGUGUCAUGGAUGUGCUGACGCAGGAGGAGCUCAGCGGGUGGACGCUGGGCGAGUGGGCGGAGUACUUUCAUAGCACCGAUAGGCGGCGUGUAUUGAACGUCAUCAGCUUAGAAGUGUCUGGUACGCCGCUGGGAGACAUGAUUCGGCGACCAGCAAUCGUCGACGAGCUUGAUUUGGUCGACAACUACUGGCCCGAAAAUAAGCGCAAGCCGAGCAAGUUUCCGAAGGUCAAAACAUACUGCCUGAUGAGCGUGGCCGAUGCUUAUACCGACUUCCAUAUUGACUUUAGCGCAACCUGGGUAUACUACCACGUGCUAUCAGGCGAAAAGGUGUUCUAUCUUGUACCGCCGUCGCCGUCGAAUAUACGCAAAUUCGAGAGCUGGAGCAAGUCGCCCGACCAGGCAGUCAGUUUCUUUGCCGAGCAUGUCAAGCAGUGCUUUGAGGUAAGAUUGGAGCCCGGCAAUACGCUGUUUAUUCCGGCAGGCUGGAUCCAUGCAGUCUUUACGCCAACCGAUACAGUUGUCAUAGGCGGCAAUUUUCUGGUCAUGCAGAGCCUCAACACGCACAUCGGUCUGUAUAAGCUCGAGGCACGCACAAAAGUGCCCACGCGCUACCGCUUCCCGUUUUUCCUCAAGCUGUGCCGGUAUCUGGUUGAGUCGUUGACAAAGACAUGGACCAAGCUGGAUUCCUCGUCAAAGGCGAAGUGGACGACUGAGGAGCUAGAAGGUGUGUUUGUGCUCGCAUCGUUCCUCAGCGACAAGCUUGUCGAUGAAUCCUGCGAUGACGAGAUUUCCAAGAUUGUUGGCGACAAGAUGGCGCUUCGCAAGUAUCUGGCAAGACUGCUAGAGUCGGUGGAGCCAGUGCUCAGCUCACGCAUGCUGCCAGAAGAGUGGACGAAUCGAGAGCCACAGUUGCGCGAGGGCAGCCAUUUCCGGUGGAUCCGGCCAGGAAUGUCGCGUGGCUCGCUGCUUCUGGCGACCCGGCCCAAGCGUUCGCGGAAUCCGAGUGUGGCUGAUGGCACCGACAAGUCUAUCGCCAAGAUCCGCUUAAAGAAUAAAGGGCUCGGCAAGCGUAGCAGAGCCUCGCGGCAUCGACUAAUGCGGCGAGUUGCCAGCAGCGGCACAGCAUCAGACACCGGCAAUGGCGAUGAGCUGGUAGCAGUAUUGGGCACGGGACAAGGCAAGGAUUCGGAAUCCAGCGACCACGAGGAGAGCGGCACAGAAGUCAGCGAUGAAGAGGAUUACUCAUCGUCGGCAUCCUCAGGCGCAGGCAGUUUUAUUGUCUCAUCGGACGACGACAGCCGGAACUCCAGAAAACGCAAAGCAAACACGACAAGCCAACGAGCCAGAUCGGUAAAAUCCAAGUUUGGGUCACUAGGCAGGGCAAAAAGUACGCGGCAGCGCAUAGCAGAGCGGCUAAAAAUGAAGUUUUAAGAUACAGAAUAAAGACCUAAAUCC